AUGUCCGCCUCUCAGCCACGCCCCAAGCGAGCGGGUGAAGACUUCACCCGCACCCACCACCACGAAGAUGACGAUGUGAACGGUGCCUCCAGCAAGAAACCCCGCUUUGACUUACGAAAUCCCUCCGCUCUUGCCCCUGAUGCGCUGGAAGACGAUGCAGUUCUGGAUGCAGACGAAAUAGGACGCCGUGGGCAACAAGUUCGCCGCAAAGCUGUCAACCUUGAUGGUUACGACUCGGACAGUGAAAAUGAAGGAUUUUCGGCGCGCAUCGAGGCCAAGUCGAAAGCAAGCAAAGAAAAGCACGAUGCGGAAGAUGACGAUAUGUUUGCCGAGCUGCAGGAGGAUUUUGGUGCAGAAGAGGUCGACGCCGAUGAGGCCUUGCGCAAGAACAAGAAAACGGUGCGAUUCCUACGAGACGAUGAAAUCGAGGGUCAAGUCGCUUCAUCCAAAAGCGGAGGAACUGUACAUGCAGAUUUCAGCAAAGGCGCCGACGAGGUUGACAAUGAUGAAGACGAGAGCGAAAGCGAGGUUGGAGAUGAGGAGCGCGCAAAACUCGAUGAGGAAAUGGAUGAAGAGCUUGGCGCUGGCGCAAAGAAAAAGCAUGCGCCAGUACUGGACGCGUUCAACAUGCGCACCGAACAAGAGGAGGGCAGAUUCGACGACCAAGGCAACUACAUCAGGAAAGCAGCAGACCCGGAUGCGGUCUAUGACAGCUGGCUAGAAGGCGUGUCAAAGAAGGAUAUCCGUCGCGCCAAAGAGGCCGCAGAGAAGCGAGAGGAGGAGAGAAAAGAAAAGGAUAGGCAAGAUGACAGUGUAUUGACAUCAGACGCCCUGAAGACCAUUAUCUCAAACCUCCAUCGAGGCGAGACGAUCUUGGAGGCGCUGGCAAGGAUUGGCAAGGGAGCUCCAAAGAAAGCGAAAUGGCAGACGAAUCGCAACAAAAACCGGAAGAAGCAAGAAUCUGCGAACGAGGAUACCGAAAUGGCCGAAGAGGAUCCCAAGGAAACGGCUAGAAAGCAAGCGAUUGAUGCCAUCACAGGCGCAGCCGAUAUUCUUAUGACAAGAGGGCAGGCGGAUAUUUACGACACUGAACGCGAGAUGCUCACUAGGCAAUACCGCCGCGAAACCGGAGAGGACUGGGUCGAUCCGUCGCCCGAGGUCUCAGGGCCCAGUGAAGAAGCUCCUGCAAUGUGGGAGUUUCGUUGGGCGGACGCUCGUGACGGAGGCGUCACACAUGGUCCAUAUGAUAGUGCGACGAUGGAGUCGUGGAAGAAUGCGGGCUACUUCGGCGAAGGUGUCGAGUUCCGAAGGACGACAGACACGGGUCCGUGGCAGAGAGAAGCAACAUUUGCAUAA